AUGGGGAACAUUGAUAUGGAGAACGUUUGCAGAUUAUGCCUCCAUAUCUCCAGCGACCAACGUUCCAUUUUCGAAGCAAUCGGCGAGUGUGAUCUUUUGGUGAUCAUCCGAGAGACAGUGCAACUGGACAUCCACGAGGAAGAUGAUUUACCUAAAACAAUUUGCGCAACGUGCGCUAACAAGCUCAUAAGCAUUCAGGAACAUGUGACACUUUUUCAUGCUUCCGACCGUAAACUGCGGUCAUCAUUAGUCUCCAGUAAUAAUGCAGCUAGUAGCAUCGCUAAGGAAGAGCUUGCUAUGCCCGCAAAGGAAUUAGUGAUAUGUGUAAGCAACGAUUCAGUCUUACAAGACACUGCUAGAAACUCCAUCGAUCCUUUCGAUAGUAUUUUGGCUGGAGACCGAACAGAUGUCGAACAGCAUUCCCCCGAUAAGCGGUCUUCAGUUUCGCACACUAUUGACUCAGUAGUGAUGAGGAGGCAGGUUAUUACGAACUGCCGGCGAUCUCGACGUGUCCGUGCCAAGGUUGCCGGACACGAUGUAACCAACUCCCCAGCAAAAACAUCCAACAUACAGAAGGAUGAAAAACAGUCGGAUAAUGAGUACGAUAAUUACGAUGAAUUAUCCUAUGAAGAGAGCGUUUCCUGCGAGAAGAAUAUCACUUGCAACGACAUACCGGAGGAUAAUAGUUUGGAAAUAAUCGAUGCCGAGAUUUCGCCCAUCGCACAAGUGUUGGAAACUGAACAUCGUCCUAAAACACCAAGGAAACGCAGAAAAACAACAAAUUCCUCUCGCGACGGGUCUACAAAAUCAGAAGGAAGUCCGGCGCUGCGUGACUAUAAAUGUUACAUCUGCAACAGUAAGUCCCUUGGUUCCCAGAAGGCGUUACUGGACCAUUUUGCUACACACGUGGACCGUGUUCCGUUUUCCUGCGAGCGAUGUGUCAUGAAGACGGUCGUCCUAACGCGUGUUCGAACGCUAAACACGCACCUAAAAAUGCACGAACAACCGAUCAAGUGCGAUUACUGUGAUCGACGGUACAGUAAUGCGUCUGGUAAGUAUUACCAUACGCAGUUCUACCAUCUCGGCGGUGGUGCGCCGUGUAUCACGCAUUGCAAGGUGUGCGGAAAACAGUGCGGUUCGCAGGAUGCGUUACGGAAGCACAUGAAGUACCACACGACGGCACUGAAGUGUAGGCAGUGUGACAAAGUAUUCAACCAUCCAAACAAACUGCGUAACCACGAGCUAAGUCACGAUGAAAACAGCGGUUUCGAAUGUAUGGUGUGUAAGAAGGUGCUACAAACCAUCGAAUCGUACGAUGUACACCUGAAGAAACAUACGCAGGAGCGCAGUUAUCAGUGCUCGCUGUGUCCGAAAAAGUUCAACACUUCGUGUAAUCUGUUCUUGCACAUGAAAGUGCAUGCCAAGAACGAUAACUACCGUCCGACGCGCUCCUGGCAGGAACACUACACGAUAGUCAGCCGUGACCCGAUGCACUAUAAGUGCAAGCACUGCGAACGGUAUGGCACGGAUAAAGUGAACAACAUGAUCUCCCAUUUGCAGGCGCAUUUCAAGGAGUAUGAAUGCGACCGUUGCAAGCGACUGUUUGCCACAGCCAAGCAACUUCGCGCCCACUACACCACGCAUACUGGAGAGAAACCGGAAAUGUGCCAACACUGUGGAAAGUGUUUUGCGAACAAAAACGGUUUGCGCACUCAUCUGCGAACUCACACCCAUGAAACAGUAGCAGUAGGCAGAGGAAAGAUGCGUACAAAAACUUCCGAUUAGUUCGUCCACCACGGGAGUUCAGUCUUAAAUUAAUGCCCAAUUGAUGUAAUUUAAAUAAAAUACAUUAGACACAGACAA